AUGGAAUCGCAUGCCAAGGAACACAAUGCGAGCAAAGAGGAGGGUUCUGAUCCGCAAGUCGAAGAUUCGUCGAUUAAGGUAGAAGAGGUGCGUCUUGAAUGUUCUCGAUGUGAAAUGACAUUUUCCUGCAGUAGAUUGCUUCGAAAACAUUUCGUUUCAGAGCAUAAAUUGCCUGAACCGCAUAGGUGUGAUGAAUGUGAAGCAUUUUUUGCCUACAUAUGGUCCUUGAAUAGACACAUCCGGAACUUUCACUCAAAGCAACCAAAUACUCGACGUGAUCAGAGUUACGAAAUGCAUCCCGACAAACCUUCUUUGCAGUCACAUAAGAGAAUGUCGGAUGACGAAGUGAAAAAGUACCGAUGCCCAAGUUGUACGAAAUCCUUUACCCGAAAGCAAAGUUUAAAUGCUCACGUUGAUGCAAUCCAUUUACAGAAGAGGCAUAUAUGCGACAUUUGUGGCAAAUCUUUUGCCUACAAAGCAACUAUGUUAACACAUGUCAGUGAAAUACACAAAUAUGGCAAAAUAUAUCGAUGUCCACAAUGUGAAAGUUUCUUCACCCGAAUGUUUGAUCGGAAUCGACAUUUUCUAAACGUACAUGAAGAAAAGAAGCAGUAUGCCUGUACUCUUUGUUCUCGGCCAUUUUCCAGAAAAGGUGCUUUACUUAGACAUAUGCGCAUUAUACAUAAGAACUCAAACUCGCCUUAA